AUGGCACCCGUCGAGAAUGCGAAGAGCAACUCGCUGCCUAUUGCCAUUUUCGGCGGCCAGAUUGUUCUCGUUACAGUACUCACCGCAAACGUCCUCCUUCAGGCCCGACGCGCCGCCAAAUCCCUCUCACCUUCCACACGAACGCGCCUGCAAAACUCGAUACGCCGUCGCAAUGCUAUCGUCUUCUCACUGCUAGCUGCCGUAUCGCUCGCUUCUGUAGGCAGCUUCGCCUUCAUCUGGCGCGCCAUUUCCUAUGUGCGCUGGGCUGAGAACAAACACUACGACACCCCGAACAGCAUUCUGAAUGGCUGGUCCGCCACCGGCACGGAAGCGCGCUGGCACCUGGGCGAUUGGAUCUCGGACAUUGAUCUCGUGCGCGAGUUUGACAGCGUUGGUAUUAUGAAGCCCGAAGGAUUCUUGUACACGAGUCAGUACUUUGUUGGACUGCUUGCAGCUGCCAUUUUCAUGGGCGCAGAAGGCCGCAGGCGCAAUCUCUCCACCUCCACCAUCGCAUCCUUUGUCCUUCUCUGUUCGCUUGGAAGCCUGGGAUUCUCCUUGAGUUUGUUCUUCGUCACCAUCCUCUAUACGCCCACGACAGUGCGCAGAGAUGACUCACCAAAGCACGAUGCCUUCUUCACACCAUCCCCCAUGGUCUACGAUUUGGGAAUCGUCGUAUCCCUGGUGACACUGAAUUCGUUCCCCGAGCUGAUUUCCGAGUAUGGCGACAAGAGCAUGCUACGACUGAGUUAUUUGGCUAUGCCGUUGUUCUUCGCAUUCGCGCCCCAAAUUGUGCCCGUAAGCCUCGGAGAGCAGCAUACAUCCAAGGUGGCUGCUCAUCGCUCGUACGCAAAGGUCUUCUACGUGCUCUCGCUGGCCUCGUUAUUGUUAUACUGGCGCAUCUUCAUCACCACCAUCUUCAUGUCCACACCAUCAAAGCAUACCCACGUCUGGGAUCUUUUCCACAACUCACACGGGAGGAACACACCAAAUAGGGUCCUCGCUGGCAUUAGCAUCGCAGGUCAGCGACUGAAGGUCAUCAGUAAGCAUCCAGCCAUCAGUGUUACCAGUCUCGAUGUGCUCUUCACCACCAUCGCUCUGUUGACAUGGACCUUCACUCGGGACUUGGACGUGGACUACCUUCUAGAAAGCAGUGUUUUCUCCUUCCUGGCGUCGAGUCACGAGAAACGUGUGAAUUUCAAGGAUGACCUCACGAGGCUUAUGGAAACCGAACCUGCAGCCCCAGUUGAGACUACGACUCCAAAGAAACGUGGCCGUCCAUCCAAGAGCGCUGUUGCGGCUGUGAACGGCGUCUCUUCUGCGGCAUUAGCUGUAUCUGGCUCGCUCAGACGAAGCUCGCGGAGAAAGGCUGGCAGUGGAGACUAUGACACAGAGCCACUUGCACGUGGCACUGAUCACGACUCGGAUGGUGAUUUGACCUAUCAGCCGUCCGAAGAGACUAGACAAGCAGUGGCAGAGACGGAGGCCGAUGGUGCCAUGGUUGAUGGAGAUGUUGUUCAUGCAGGAGAGUCGACUGCGUUGGCACUCUUCUUUGCCAUGAUGGGCGGUGUGGGACAAUUGGCGUCAGCUGUGCUUGGGGCGGAGGUGACUGGCCCAUGA